AUGGCAGCAGCAGGAACCAACAUCAGCACAGACCAGUCUGCUCUUCUUGCUCUCAAAGCUCAUAUCACCAGUGACCCUCAUAACUUGAUCUUCACCAACUGGUCUACCACCACAUCAGUUUGCAACUGGGUCGGCAUCACUUGCGGUCUCGGCCCUGGACAGGGCACCAUUUUUCGGACUCGCCUCAGGCCCAGAAAUCUCAGGUCCGGGCCUGCUUUCGCAUUCAACAAUUUGAUGGGAGUCAUUCCGUCAUGGUUUGGUUCCUUAUCCAAUCUUCAAAUCUUCUCCUUGUACGGUAAUAAAUUUUCAGGUUCUAUACCAACGGCCAUCUGCAACUUAUCUGCACUCCAAAUAGUCAGUUUGAGCUAUAACCAGCUAUCAGGUAGCAUACCAAGAGAAAUUGGGAAUUUAACAACGUUGAAGGAGAUCUACCUUGAUUAUAAUAAUUUCAUAGGAAUUCCAAAUGAGAUUGGCGCUUUAGAUCAACUAGAGAUGUUGUUCGUGCAAGAAAAUGUUCUUAAAGGAAAUGUUCCUAUGGAUGUCUUUAACAUGUCGUCUUUGAUUACUUUGACUCUAUAUGGAAACAACUUAAAGGUGGAAGCGUACGUACCCAAAAAUAUUGGAAACGCAACUAAGUUAAGGGGAAUUAAUCUUAUGGAUAACAAUUUGGCAGGUACUAUACCAUAUGAGAUUAGUCUUCUUCCAAAUCUAGUACGAUUGUCGCUCGAUAGUAAUUAUCUGAAUGGUCUCAUCCCAACAACGUACAAUCUUCAACAGUUCCAAAGCAAUUGGUAUAUCUCUAUCUGAUAAUCAGCUCUCUGGCAAUCUCCCAACAGAUAUAGGAGUUGGCCUUCCAAACCUACAAAAAUUCCUCCUAGGAAGAAAUAAACUGAGCGGAGUGAUCCCUAAAUCCAUUUCCAAUGCUUCUCAGCUCACUUUAAUAGAAUUGGGAGAAAACAAUCUAUCAGGCUUUAUUCCUAGCUCACUAUGUGCCUUAAUAAACCUUCAGAAACUUUCCUUAUUUGAAAAUAACUUAACUUUUGACACUACAACUUCAAAAGCAAAUAUUCUCUCUUGCUUGA